AUGAUACAUUCGAUUCUGGCACGCCGUAGACGCUCGACGCUCAAUUGGGCAAUUGGACAACACAUGUUCUAUUUGCACCCCGUGGUCCAUGCCGCGGCCGGUCCCACGCGUGGCGUGGGGUCGCCUCUGCUCCCCCCCUCGUCGAGCAUCACGCGGCACACUCUACGGCAGCGACUUGAUGCAAGUAGCGAUAUCUUGAUGGAAUAG